AUGAAGCAAGGCGAGAAAGUUCAAGACUUUGUUGGCAGAGUUUUGGAUGUAGUUUAUCAAGUCAGAAUGAUGGAGGAGGACCUUCCACAGAAGACAGUAGUGACCAAGAUAUUGAGGAGUCUAGUACCAAGGUUCUCACAAGUGGUUCAUUCUAUCAUAGAAGCAAAAUACCUUAACAACCUUAUUGUCGACGAGCUCAGUGGUUCUUUGAAAAGUCAUGAAGCUAUACUGAGUCUCAAAGAUGAUCUUGAAGAAGAAAAGGCACUUCACAUCAGUAGCACUCAACCUAGAGACCAAUCUAAUCUUGGAGGUGUUGGAUAUGGUGGAUUGAAGAAGAGAGUAAUGGACCGGCAUGACAACAUUGUCAGGUCUUAUUUUGUUUCUGUUUCUCAGGCAUUUGUUUCUGUUUUAAUGAGUUGUGAUGUUGUUGACCUUGGUGAGGAGGAAGAAGACGAAGGUAAUGAGAAAAAAAGGGCCAAGACUUCAAGUGUAUGGUUGGAGUUUAAAGAAAUUGAUCUUCCUGAUGGUUCUAAAAAAGGAGAAUGUAUUCAUUGCAAGAGGAAGUUGGCUAUAAAUGCUAGCAAGAGUACAACUCAAUUUAAAAGGCAUUUGUCAACUUGCAUGAAGAGAAAAAUUUAUCAAAAUCAACAACAAAAAAUUUCUUUCCAACCUGUACAAGGAGGUAAUGGGGAUGUUGAAAUGCAACCGGCUCUCACAAAUGGCAAGUUUGACAUGGCAAAAAUGAGAAAAGCAUCUGCACAUUGGAUAUUGAUGCAUGAGCAUCCUUUUUCAGUAAUGGAAGAGGAAGGUUUUAAUAUGAUGCAAAGAUGUGGAAUGCCUGAAUGGGAAAAAGUGUCGCGGGUUACUAUCAAGAAAGAUUGUAUGCAAGUUUAUGAAGCCAAAAAAAAAAAUUUGAAAUCAUUGCUCAAGAAUGUUAGCAAGAUAAGCCUGACAGUGGAUUUAUGGAAGUCUAGCAAUCAAAAGAUCGAGUAUAUGAUCUUAACAGCUCAUUUUAUUGAUCAUAAUUGGAGAUUGCAAAAGCGUGUUAUCAAUUUUGUUCGUCUUCCACCUCCUCGCCGUGGUGUUGAGAUUGCUGAUUGUAUCUUUAAGUGUUUGAAGGAGUGGGGAAUUGAGAAUAAGGUUUUUACUAUCUCUAUUGAUAAUGCUUCAAGCAAUGAUGUGGCAAUCAGGAUUCUUAAAGACACAUUUUCAAGAACUAAAAGGUUGCUUUGUGGAGGAAAGUUAUUUCAUGUUCGUUGUUGUGCACACAUUCUUAAUCUCAUGGUACAAGAUGGUAUUUCUGAAAUUCAAGAAAUAAUUGAAGAUAUUCAUGAAAGUGUGAAGUUUAUUAAUCAAAGUGAAGCAAGAUUGAAGUCAUUUUCUGAUAUUGUGCAACAACUACAAUUGCCGGAGCGAAAACUUAUUCUUGAUUGCAAGACACGUUGGAAUUCAACAUUUGAAAUGCUAUCAGUUGCAAUGAAAUUUAAAAAUGUUUUUCCAAUGUUCAAAGAUCGGGAAAUCCUUUAUCAUUGUUGCCCAUGCCCCGAAGAUUGGGAAAAGGUGGAGAAAAUAUGUGAGAUUUUAGAAGUGUUCAAUGCCAUCACAAAAAUUAUUUCCGGUAGUGAUUAUCCAACUUCCAAUUUGUUUCUCAAUGAAGUCUAUCGGGUGAAAAUGUUGCUAGACAAAAGGGUGAAUGAUGAAAAUGACUUUAUUCGAGCAAUGAUUGGCAAAAUGAAGGCUAAAUUUGAUAAAUAUUGGGGGGAAUGCAAUUUGCUCAUGUCCGUGGCCGCCAUCUUGGAUCCAAGAUGCAAAAUGAGGGUUGUUGAUUUCACUUUUGCAAGGAUGUAUUCCGAUAGAGAAGCAAGAGAAAAUAUUACUAAAGUUCGAGAAGCUCUACAUGAGAUUUAUGAAGAAUAUGUUCGUGAAUAUCAACAUGGCAAUGAGCAUAGUGGUGAAACUUCAAUGCAUAAUAAUGAUGAUGUUGGUACUAGUGGCAAAGGCUUGUCAGGUUGGUCCGAAUUUUCAAGUUAUGUGAAAUCUAUUGAAAAAGCCUCUCCACAACAGUCAGAUUUGGAUGGAUACUUAGCUGAAGGUUGUUUCAUUUUUGAAGGAAAUCCUGAUGAAUUUAAUGCCUUAGAAUGGUGGAAGGGAAGUACUUUAAAAUAUCGCAUCUUGUCUAGAAUGGCUCGUGACAUACUUGCUAUUCCUAUUACUACAGUUGACUUUCGGAGGCUACUUUCGGUCAAGGGUGGUAGAGUGAUUGAUACUUAUCGUUCUUCAUUGGCUCCAGAGACAGUGCAAGCAUUGCUUUGUGGAGGAGAUUGGUGUCGAAAUCUUCAUGGAGUGAAGAAGAAAAACAAAAGGAAGUCAGAAUCAUUCCAAAAAUUCAAAUACUUCAAGUUGUUGGUGAAGAAGCAGCAUUCAUUGCCGGUGAAGACUUUGCGCACUGAUCGAGGAGGUGAAUUUACAUUACAGGAGUUUGAAACCUACUGCAAACUCAAUGGUAUUCUUCACCAACUAACAACUCCACGAACGCCUCAACAGAAUGGCAUCGCGGAGAGGAAGAAUAUAUAG